CGUAAAUUGAAGAUUGAGCCAGUGAGAGAAAAGGAGUACGAUUCACAGUGAAGAAUAUAUUUUAAUUACCGCCACUUAUGUUCAUUUGAUAGUAUUUUGAGACUUCUCUCGCUCGCUCAGUUUUUAUACGACUAUUACGCAUAGUUACAUACCUUCUAGAUUUGGUCGUUUAUGUUUAAUAACAGAUUAAUGUGAGUCUCAUCCGCUAGUUGGUUAGCAGAGCGCCUUUACCGCUGCGAUGAUGGAAACUUGAGCAGCUCAAAGCAAACACUCAUCCAGCUUCUCGGGCCACCCAAACACAGGACCCCUGUGCAGGCAGGCAGCAAAAUGCAGACCAUAAAGUGUGUUGUCGUUGGUGAUGGUGCGGUGGGAAAGACUUGCCUGUUGAUCUCCUACACCACUAAUGCCUUCCCAGAUGAGUACAUUCCGACGGUUUUUGACAACUACAGCACACAGACCUGUGUGGACGGUCGCGCCGUCAGCCUUAACCUGUGGGAUACGGCCGGUCAGGAGGAGUAUGACCGCCUGCGAACCCUGUCUUACCCACAAACGCACGUGUUCAUCAUCUGUUUCUCCGUGGCCAGUCCUUCCUCUCAUGCCAAUGUUAGGCAUAAAUGGCACCCAGAAGUGUGCCACCACUGCCCGGGCGUACCUGUGCUGCUGGUGGGCACUAAGAGAGACCUGCGUGUGGACAAGGAGACCCUAGAGAAGCUGAAGGAGCAAGGGAUGAGUCCAACCACCCCCCAGCAGGGCAGCGCGCUGGCUCGCAGCAUCGGUGCGGUCCGAUAUCUGGAGUGCUCCGCUCUUCUGCAGGAGGGAGUCAGAGAGGUCUUCAAUGAGGCUGUUAGAGCUGUUCUCUACCCCAACGCCAAGAAGCAUACCAAGAAAUGUGUGUUGUUAUAACUAAUGGAGGGUUUGUGUGUGUGUGAGAGAGAGUUAGUGAGUUUCAGUGAGGGGUGGGAUGGAAGUUAGAUGUGAUCGUCUCGUUGAUUUGACUCUGCAAGUGUGUGUGUGUGUGUGUGUGUGUGUGUGUGUCGCUACCACUUUAUGUUUGUAUCUCUACACUACAGUUAGCAAUAGGUGCACAGACUGUUAAUGAGUGAGUUUGAGACUGAGACUGUGUGCUUGUGUAUUUGUGUUUAAACUUUACAUGCAUAUCAUCACUUAAGACAUAACUACAGCACUGCAGUGUUGUAAUCUGAAGGCAGGCAGACGGAGGCAGCAAAUGGAUUUGUCUGAAGGACUACAGGCAUCAACGACCGCUGCCUUCCCAAAAUGCCUUAAAACCCCUGCACAUAAAGACAACAAAAAGAAGAUUUUUAGGAAACACUCAGAGGAUAUUUUAUGCACCAAAGUGUCAGUUCAGUCUAAUAUAGCUAGGUGUCUUAUUAAAACCAAUGAAGGUGCCGUCGUUCCCUUAGCACAUCUGUACUCUCUUCACAGCGUUUACUUUUCCUCUACAAACUAACAUAAACAUUAUGAGGCCUUGCAACACCACUAAUACAGUAUGUGUGGUAUCUUAACACAAUACCCUAAGACCAAUAGGUUUGAAUGGCAUAAGAGCUAUGCAAUCCUGUUUUCCCUAUAUUGUAACCUGUAAAUUAUCACUGACUUCUCUUGGGUUGAUUGCCUUUCAAGUCAGGAAGUGCUGUGUAAUCUCAGUGUGCCUUUAGAGGCUCAGCCCGAGCUUGGCUCCUCUGACAUCUCACAAAUGCGUCCUUCCUUGCUCAUUUCAUCUAGGGUGCUACUUUAGGUGUCAGCUGACAUGAAUUGCUGGAAAGGGCUGCUGAAAGUUUACAGUGGGCUAUGUUCGUUACAGAGAGCUGUUGUAGCUCACCUGCCUCCUGUUAAAGCUGUUAAUGAAGGGAUAAAGUGUUGUUGUAUAAAAUUCUUGAGGAAGUAAUGAAGAACUUUCCAUAUUUUGCUUACCCCUCCUGAAUCCUCAGAAUUUACAACCGCAUUAUUGAAUCUAAAGUGCCACUACUAUUUGUAUUAUUUUGUAUUUUAGACAACUUAAAUGUUGAUCCACUGCAAUGAAGUGCCGUGCAACGAACUGUUGAGGAAGGAGAUAAGCUCUCUGUCCUUCACCUCAAUUACAAAAUAUUCAGACUGAAGUUAGGAUACACAAACACUCAAAGUUCAGGUUUAGGCUUCAUUUGGGUCCACAUUUACAUUUUAUAUAUUAAAGGUCUACCUUUUGUAUAUUGUUUUAGCCAAAGGCUGCUUUAUCAACAUUUUUGUUUUUAGGACAUUAAUGAAACACCAAAAAUUGUUUUUUUUUUCUUUUUCUUUUUUAUUAGACAGUUUUUACUUUUUAAAAUUGUCAUUAUUUUAAAGAAUAUACCUCCACUUGCAUGACAAAAUAAACCAGUUUUAAAGUAAACCAGACUGCCUGGCU